AUGAUUGCUGCGGGUGCGCUGGUGUAUGGGGCUGGCACCCCAGAGCUGGAGCCACUUAGGAGGGACUCCAGUGCUGGCCAGGGCCACCCACCAGAUGACCUCUCUCAACAGGAAGACAAUGAUCCCCCAAAAGAAUAUGAUCCCGGGCAAUUUGCAGGCCUUCUCCAUGGAUCUUCUCCAGCCUGUGAGUCCCCUGAAAAUCCAUUUCAUCUUUAUGGGAAAAGAGAUGAACGUGAAGAAGGACAAGAUGAAGUCAGUUUGGCAAAUAGUCCUUUGCCUUUCAAGCAGUCUCCAAUAGAAAAUAACUCAGAACCUUUGGUAAAGAAAAUUAAACCCAAAGUGGUUAGUAGAACAAUUUUUCACAAAAAAACCAACCAACUCGAAAACCAUACUAUUGUUGGCACAAGAACAACUAGGGGUGGAUCCCGGAAUGGGGACCAGUGGAUUGUGAACCCAGGGGGAUUUGUGGAGAGAGCCUGUACCCUGGGGAGAAUAAGGUCGUUGCCAAAAGCCCUGAUCGACAUGCAUUUAUCAAAAAAUGUCUCUAAGUCAGAUUCUGAUCUCAUUGCCUACCCUUCAAAUGAGAAAACAUCAAGAGUUAACUGGAGUGAAUCUUCAACUGCUGAACCCAGUUCUAAAGGAAAUUCUGAAAGAACACCAUCCUUCACUUCUGAAUGGGAAGAAAUUGACAAAAUAAUGAGUUCUAUAGAUGUUGGAAUUAACAGUGGACUUAAAGAAAUAAAUGGUGAGACCACAAGAAUCACUUUCAAAUUAGGAAAUUUACCACGUUCAUUGGAACUACUUCAAAUUGUCACACUUUCUAAGAAUCAGGUUGAUGAUCUUGAUGAGAUUGAGGAUCACUUAAGUAAAGUGGAGGCAGUAAUUGGCUCCACAGGACUUGCUUAUCAUUACACAAGAGCAAAUGUGCACAGUAAUCAAGUGCCCAGGCUUUACAAUACAGGGGCGGCAGAUAAUCUUAUAAACACCAUCAUAUUGCUAAACUGGCUUUAA